AUGAUCAAGAAUAUCUUAAGCAUACGAGCCCUGCUGGCUGUGGUGGUGGCAGCAGCCACCGCAACAGCCACCACAACUACCUCGCCGGCACCAUCCUCAGCUGCUGCUGCUCUUUCUUCGUUGGGAGUUUCUCCCCCCUCCGGCGACAUCCUCAUCUGGAACACCGGGUAUACUUGUCGCCUUCUGAACCACGUCUUUCCCCGGAACGAGACCUUUACAGCAGCUUGGUCACAGAAUUGCCGAUUGCAUGCGUCCUGCAUUGUUACACCUAAGUCCGCUCAAGAAGUCUCGCAUUUGCUGCGUAUUUUGAGCAUUUUGAAGACCAAGUUCGCUAUCAGGUCGGGUGGACACAAUACCAACCCGGGGUUCAGUUCAAUUGGUAGCAACGGAGUGUUGAUCGCGCUUGAGAAAUUGGACACCCUUUCUAUAAGCACUGAUCACAAAAUAGUCACCAUCGGGGCUGGAAACAAGUGGCAGUCCGUUUACGAGUACCUCCAGCCGUAUAAUCUCACAACUUUGGGCGGUCGUGAAGCAGUCGUAGGCGUUGGCGGGUUCAUCAUCGGUGGUGGUCUCAGCACCUUCUACAACAGCUAUGGCCUGGCCAUUGACAGCGUUACCCGAUUUCAGGAGGUGCUCCCUGACGGGACUAUCGUCAACGCCAGCCAAAAAGAGCAUGCCGAUCUAUAUAAAGGCCUGAAGGGAGGUCUGAACAACUUUGGUAUCGUGACUGAUUAUGAUCUCGCUACUAACACUGGAAUCGAUAUCUACUACGACAUAAAAACCUACACCGUCCCCAACACACCCUCCGUGCUUGCAGCAUACGCGACCUACCUCCUGGAUACCGACUUUCUCCUUGGGAUUGGCACCGCCGGACUGACAUCCGCCGGCAUAUCCUACAGCGGAACUUUCUCCUAUAAAGUGACAGGGCCGACGUUUCUAAAGGAGACCUAUGAAGUCUAUCUCAAGGCCGCCGCAUCUCUGCCUGCGGGUGCGGUUCUCUCUUAUGUGCCUCAAGGUGUCAUUACGAAUCUAGUGACUAAAGGUGCAUCGCAAAAUGGAGGUAAUCUGCUUGGUCUGGAGGCUGCCCCUCAAGUCUGGGCCAACAUAUUCGUCCAGUUCCCAGCAAAUGUCAGCCAGUCAGUUGUAACACGGACUGUGGACUCGGUGUUGGAUAGUCUUACUUCCAGUACAAAGUCAGAGGGGAUUUUUCUCCCGUACAUCUUUGUCAAUGAUGCAGGCCCUAAUCAGAAGCCGCUGCAGUCAUUCGGGGAGGAAAAUCUCAAGUAUAUCGACGCAGUUGCGACCAAAUAUGACCCUAAGGUAGUGAUGCAAAAGCUACAGAAUAAGGCUUAUUUUGUUUCGGGGGAGGUUUGA